UUGGAAAGCUCACAAAAAUUACAUCUAGACCCUUCCUCGAUGAGUUCCUCUGACGACAUCUCCGUCAUCUCAAAACGAAUGGAAUCAAUGUCGAUGACUGCCCGUGUUCGUGUUCUUCGUCACAACAAGAGAUUACAACAGUAUAGAUAUUCUCCUUACACUAUAAGGACUAAGGAGAAGGAGAAGGAGAAGCAGAAAGAAGAGGCUAUACGACUCGGAGUUGAUCUCUCGAUCUUUGUUGCUGAAGCAAUGUUCUUAUUAUCGGAUGACAUACGUUCUAUGUUAGUCUUCUGUUUUUGGCUAUUUAAGUAUGCAGGGAAGAGAAAAUUUGACGGUCCCGUGGUAGGAAGAGUGUUUCGUGUUAUUCAAUAUGUGUUUGUGACAUAUAUAAAACCAAAGAAUGGAGUCUAUCAAGAUGGUGGCAAAUCGAUUCAAUGGGAACAGUUCAAAACGUCUUCCUAUCAUUUUGCUUUUGGAGUCAGAGUUUUGGCUCGCAUUGUUUCGAUUCUCGAAAUGGGUGGCCUAGUGAAACCGUCUGGUUUUGAACGCUACAAACAAGAAAUUAAGAAUCUAGAGGAGAAUUUGAAGUCUGUCAAGGAUGUUUCAGCGGCGAAUGGGUUUUCUAGAGAAGCUAUAGAGUCUAACAUUUUUCACUUGUGGAAGUCUCUCUUUGAAACAACACCGGAAAUGAUAAACCCUACUAAGAGUAUAGUUAUUGAGAUUUUUAGGCCUCUUUUGAACGAAGCAAGUCGCGAUGCUUGCUCUCGUCGUCUUACUUCUUUACGAAUAUGAAUCAGAAUUUCUUAGAUUGGUAGAUUUUACUUUCUAAAUAAAUGUAAGACAAAACUAUGAUUAGAAGAAGGUUGUAUAUUAUCAAGUACUUAAGAAUAAGAAGCAUCAUUGAGUAUGGUUAAAAGUGUA